GACUGUCUUCGGCCAUUGAAAUAAAGAAGAACGCGUCUGGUUUAUGCAGUUUCUUUUAUGGUAUUGACACGGUAUCAACUUGCCAAUCUGGAAACAGGAACAGAAUCGUACAGAAACAAACGAAAGUCAACUGAUCAUGAGGACGUACUUGUUGCCGAUCCUCCCAUCGUGACCAUCUCCCGCUCUCAUCAAACACAACAAGACAACAGUUUGGAUGCGCCUCUGAAAGUAGAUGCACUGCUGGAACAGUUGGAUGAUUAUGAAUGCUCUACACUGGAUGCUCUUAUGAUGCGUUGGCCUUCUUUGCAUUCAAGACUCAAAGGCAUGAAACCCCAUUUACCACCCAAGAAAGCCGACAAUAAACCCACUUUAGUGCUUGAUUUGGACGAAACCUUGCUUCAUACCUAUCGUGACAUGGACAAUAAGUACGAUGUCGAUUAUGUCCUCUAUGAUCACCAUCGCACUAGUCGUUUAUUAGCAGGUCGAUUACGUCCUGGUGUUAUGGAUUUCUUAACCUGGGCAUCUGAUGCAUUUGAAAUCGUCGUUUGGACUGCAGGCACUAGAGACUAUGCAAUGAUGGCAAGAACAUGUCUUGAUCCAAAUAACCAAUUGAUCACGUAAGACCAUUAUUUGUCUAUUAAUAACUUAUGCUUUAGACAUAUAUUAUCCCGUAAUUCAUGUAUCCAAGUGAGAUCUGCUUCUGCUUUACAAGUAGUGUAUGUCAAAGACUUGUGUGCAUUAGGAAGAGAUUUAAGCAAAACGUUUCUUGUCGACAACACACCUCAUGCAGCCUCACUUAAUUUGAGUAAUUGGAUACCCAUUCAGGCUUAUGUGGGUGGUUCAUCCGAUACUCAACUAACAGAGUUAAGGCAGUAUCUUGAAUCUCAUGUCGUAUGUUUCACAGACAAAAGAAAUGACUUGCGUCUUGUUUUACAUAGGCAGUUGGAUUUAAAGAGAAGAAUAAGAGAGCGUGUUGAACAUUGGAGACAAACCCAGUCGUUAU